AACAUAUUUAGACAUAUCAUAUUAACUGUUAAGGCAUUUUAAUACAGAGGAUUUGGUAGAAGAAGAAAAAAUAGAAGAUUUGGACUUGAGACUUUAACUAACAAAAUUAAAAGAAGGUUUUGAUUGAGAAAGGAAAAAAAGUAAGAGGUAUUAAUUGAUUUUACAUGAGAAGUCCAGGGUUACUGAAAAAAAAAAAUUAGAAUUGAUAUUUCAAGCCAUGGCGCUUCAAUCCAAUAAGCCUUAUCCGAUUUUCUCUUACUGCGCGCCAUUUCUAGUUGCAGCAGAGAACUAAACAUGCUCUUUGUAGCUCCUGAUUGCUUCCUUUUUUCAUCUUCUUCUUCUUCUUUGCUCUUCCCGUUUUCUCUAAAACCCAAAGCCAUCCUCUUGAAGAGAACGAAUGCAAACUUGGCGAGUCGAACUGGGGUGACUCGUCUCUGCAGAGCGAGUCUAAUCACCAAUCCUGACUCGUUCGAGGUGGGGCGACUCAUCGGUAGCUAUGGAUUCAUGAAUGUUACGAGCUACGCGGGGUUUCAGUCAGGGGCAGAUCUUGAAUUUUCUUCUCCAGGACAAUUAAGAGUUCAAGAUGUUGGAGAAGGCAGUGUAAAAAUCAGCAGUCCAUUUGCAGGCUUUAUGAAGGAAGAAUAGCUCAGGGCCUGCUUAAGGGGACUCCUGUGAUCUUUAAGGUCAUAUUAUAUUAUGUUUCCGCCGAUUAUAUUCUGUUCGCUAAAAUUUUUAGUGUUUAUUUUUUUGAUGUGCUCUCAGAUUAAUCCCCAAAUUUUUUAGCGUCAUUUAUAGAGAAAAAGAGGGAACCAGGGAAAAAAAAAAAGAACAUUUUUGA